AUAAUAAUAAAUAUUCUUCAAAAUAAAAGAAGUGCUUACAGGAUAAAUAUUUAAAAUUUGUUAAUUUAAAAACAAAAGUUGUCAAAGUUGAACAAAAAAAAAAUAUCUCAACAAAUAUGAAGUUUUUAUACAUUAUCUCGAUGAUUUUCUGUGCAGUAAAUGGAUUCAGGUUUAAAGAUGUUAUCUCAGAUCACAUAGACGUAUCGCCACACAACGAAUGUGCUAAUCAACCAAAUGGAAUGAGACUUCCACAUGCUGAUUGUAAUCGAUUCAUACUUUGUGAUUCACAAGCUGGACUGGUUCUUUCAUGCAGAGCAGCAGAGCCGAAUUUUGAUAGAUGCAAUCAGAGAUGUGUAGAUGAUCCGUUAGUGUGCACGACAACUGAUUGUAAUGGCGGCGGUGGGGAAGUAACAUCGACCACAGUAACAAAUGAACCUCCAGUAACAACAACAACAACAAGGUUUACUCCUCCAACAGUUCAAGCUGUAUGUCCAAUUCCUUGUACUUCAGGAAACAUGCCUACAUCCUGUGACUGUAUAGAACGAUGGAUAUGCGUUGGUAUAACAUGUCAAUGCAACGCUAACAUCCCGUGUCCUAUGACAGAAGACGAAUGCAUGGCAUUACCAGAAUGUGGCGGUGAUUGUCAAGAACGAUGUGUUUGUGAAACUCCUGAAAAUUGUCAAUGCAACACUGAACUUCAAUGUCCUUUCGCACAGGCUGAAUGUGCUGCAAGAUGCGGUUGUGGAGCUAAUUGUAACUGCGAAACACCAACAACGUGUGUCUGCAAUGAUGUAUGCGUUUGUGUAGGACCACCAAAUGUAUGUCCAUUUGCUCCCGUUGACUGUGUUGCACGUUGCGGAUGUAACGAAAGAUGUAUCUGUAAUGGAAAUGUUUGCACAUGUGAUACUGAAACUCACUGUCCAGCAAAUGUCCCUAGGAUUUUUAUGUAUAAGAAUUAAAUGCGGAUAUUAAGGUUCAUUUGGAUAUUUUUUAAAAUUGGUUCAGGAAUUAUUAUUUUAGUUUUUACUAUUAAUUUGAAUAAUAUUUAAAUAAAUAA